AACAUGCAACAAGAGUUGCUACAUUAUUAGUUGUAGGACCAAAAAUGCUUCAGAUAUUAUUUUCAAAAGGUUCUCCUCAGCUAAUAAAACGAUUACAAAUCUUUACAUCCCUUCAUAUUGUCAAUAGGGCUCAAAAGGGAUACUUUUCCCGCGUGGUGAUAGAACCUGCUUACAAACCGGCACUGGUAGAAAGGAAUAAACAUGUGGAAGCAAAGUUGGUUACUGGAGAUGAGAAUUCACCUAAAUUUAGUCUACUGUUACCACCACCAAACGUGACGGGAGAGCUGCACUUAGGACACGCGUUAACUUGCACUUUACAGGAUGCAUUGGUUCGAUGGAAAACGAAGCAGGGAUGCAAAACAUUGUGGACUCCAGGAAUGGAUCAUGCUGGUAUAGCGACCCAGGUUGUGGUCGAAAAAAAGUUAUACAAGGAGAAGAAACUCAGCAGACAUGACCUAGGACGAGAGCAUUUUUUGCGUGAGAUUUGGCAAUGGAAAGAAGAGAAGGGUAGAAGCAUCAAGGAAAACCUUAUGAAACUUGGUACUUGCAUGGAUUGGGAUCAUGAGUAUUUCACUAUGGACGACAGACAGACGUCAGCGGUGAAGGAAGCGUUCGUUAGGUUGUUCGAAAAAGACUUGAUAUACAGGGAUAAAGCUUUGAUUAAUUGGUCGUGUACUCUAGAAUCUGCUAUCUCGGAUAUUGAGGUAGAGAACGUGGAAAUUGAUGGCCCGACAGCUGUAGAAGUUCCAGGAUACAAAAACAAAAUAAUGUUUGGGAGAAUGGCUGAUAUCGCGUACAAGGUUCAUAAUUCUGAUGAAGAAAUUGUCAUCUCUACAACGAGACCUGAAACGUUACUUGGUGAUGUGGCCGUUGCGGUCAACACAAACGACGCACGUUAUGCACAUUUGGCAAACGAAACAACUAUGCUCUGGCAUCCGAUCCGACAAGAAAGCAUUCCGUUGAUAUUCGAUUCUAGUGUAGAUCCUGAGUUCGGCACAGGCGCGGUAAAGAUUACCCCGGCACAUGACAGGAAUGACUACGAUGUAGCUAAGAGGCAUAAACUACCUCUCGUAGAAGUCAUCAAUAGUAGAGGAAUAAUAAUGGAAAAUCACGGCCCAUUCGCGGGUCUCCCGAGAUAUGAUGCACGAAAUAAAAUGAUGGAUUACUUAACGAACCAAUCGCUGAUAAGAGGUAUUAAACCACAUUCUAUGGUACUUCCGAUCUGUUCUCGUUCCAAGGAUGUUGUAGAAUUUCUCCUAAUGCCGCAAUGGUUCAUUCGAUGCACGGAAAUGGCUCACAGGGCUAAGAAAUCCGUCGAGGAUGGCGAAUUACGGAUUAUUCCAGAUAACUUCGAGAAAGACUGGUUUCGUUGGUUGGAUAAUUGUCACGAUUGGUGCAUCUCACGUCAACUCUGGUGGGGACAUCGAAUUCCCGCCUUUGAGGUAAAAUCGAAAAACGCGGUUUCGUGGAUAGCGGCACGAUCAACCGAGGAAGCCUGCCGAAAGGCGAAAGAGAUUUUCGGAUCGGGUGAUUUUGAAAUUUCACAGGACACGGAUGUUCUGGAUACAUGGUUCUCCUCGUCUCUUCUACCAUUUUCAGCCUUAGGGUGGCCUGAGUGCACGAAAGGUUGUCAACGUUAUUACCCACUAAAUUUGAUGGAAACCGGACAUGAUAUCAUAUUCUUUUGGGUCGCUAGAAUGAUAAUGCUCGGACAGGAAUUAACUGGGCAGCUUCCGUUUCGUGAAAUACUUUUGCAUAGCAUAAUCUGCGAUGAACAUGGCAGAAAAAUGUCCAAAAGUUUAGGAAAUGUUAUCAAACCAGAACAUAUAAUCAAAGGUAUCACACUGGAUAAUUUGAUAGAAGAAACAAAAUUAGCCCAUCAGCAUGGUCUAUUAUCUGAUGCAGAAUUGAAGCGAUCCAUCGUUAGUCAGAGGAAAGCAUAUCCCCAUGGAAUACCAGAAUGUGGAACGGAUGCACUGCGAUUUACGCUCUGUUCUACAAACGUGAAAAAUUAUUCUCUGAAUUUUAACAUUCAAGAAUGUCACUCUAACAAGUUGUUCUUCAACAAGAUCUGGCAAGCAACACGGUAUACGUUAAUGUGCAAAGAAAAGUUUGACACGAAUGGGAAGUCUCUUGACAAACGAAAUCUUUUGGAAUUUGAUCGGUGGAUAUUGAGCAAACUGGGAAAUACAAUUGUGUCCUUCAAAAACGCUAUGGACGAAUAUAACUUUCAUUUGGCUGCAGCUGCCUGGAAAACAUUUUUUUAUAACAACUUAUGUGAUGUUUAUCUGGAGACAACAAAAGUGCACAUGAAAGCCGAAACCCAGCAAAUAGCCAGAAAUCAAUGUGCGGUUUUACAGCAUUGCCUUUCCAUCGGUCUAAAUCAUUUGGAAGUAUUUACUCCAUUUAUUGCAACCGAACUACUAUCACACCUUCCUUCUCCCGAAACUAAGUUCCAUGAAAGCGAAUGGAUAGACCGUGAUCUUGAAAGCACAAUCGAACAACUGCUUGAAAUUUGUCAAAGUAUUCGUCAAGCCAAAAAUGAACACAAUCCGCCAAUCGCUAGAAAGCAUAACCCCGUUGUGCACAUUUAUUCCAAAUCCGACCAGCUCAGGGAACUUAUUCAGCGGCAGCUAUCCUGCGUUCAGCAGCUAACGCUGAGCAAUGGCGUGCAAUUGUACGAUGACGAAAGAUCAUUUGACGGCAGAAAAAUGACUGCCAAAUCAACCGCUAGUCACUUAUGUUCGUUUGGUUUGACCACGAAUUUAUCUGAGGAGCUGAAACAAUCAGCACCGGAAUCGGGGGAGAUUAGUGGUCAUACGAAAAAAAUGAGAAAGUUGGAGAGUGAGCUGGAAAAACUAGUUAAUACCGUUAGCAGGGAAGGCUAUAAAAAGUUCGCAAGUGAGGAAGUUCAGAAAAAGCACUUGGAAAAGAUCAAUAACCUUCGACUUCAAAUUGAAAAUAUGCGAAAAAUGGAUGUUCGGAGUGUUGUUUGAUAAAAAAAAUGUUACAUUGAAGAUGUGUAAUGAUGUUUAAACUAGUAGAUUAAAUAAAUGGAAAAGACUGGU